AUGGCGGACUGUGAGGGGGAGCUGGACGUUUUGGUCCAGAGAGUUGUCAAAGACAUAACGAACGCUUUUCAGAAGAACCCCAACAUUGAUGAAAUCGGAGUAAUUCCAUGUCCAGAAGCGCGCUACAAUCGCAGUCCCAUCGUGUUGGUGGGAAAUAAGCUUGGUGUUGAGAGCUGGUGUGUCAAGUUUCUGCUGCCCUACGUCCACAAUAAACUGCUUCUCUAUCGUCAGCGCAAGCAAUGGCUGGACAGAGAAACUUUAGUCAACAUCACAUCCACUCUGCUGCUGCUCAACCCAGAUUUCACCACUGCUUGGAAUGUGAGGAAAGAGCUUCUGCAGUGUGGAGCACUCUGUCCGCUGAAGGACCUCUACCUCGGAAAAUUGGCUCUCAGUAAAUUCCCCAAGAGCCCAGAAACCUGGAUCCACAGGCGCUGGGUUCUUCAGCAGCUCAUGCUGAGUCGGCAGAAGCAGCAGGGGACGACAGAAGCUGAUGCCGAUAGAAUCCAGCAGCUGAGUGAGCAGGCAGCACUCACAGUUCAGCAGGAGAUGAGGGUGUGCACAGACGCAGCUAACCGUUAUCCCAGUAACUACAACGCCUGGUCGCACCGGAUCUGGGUCCUGCAGAACAUGGCCAAAAGCAACAUCAAGUUUCUUCAUGAUGAGCUGGCCUCCACGCGCCCCUGGGUGUCCAUGCAUGUAUCUGACCACAGUGGCUUUCACUACCGCCAGUUUCUGAUUCAACAACUGCUCACAGAGCUGGCUCCACCUCUAGCUCUGAUGAAGGUCAGUGGGAGUCCCGCAGGGCAUGGGGUGGAGACUGAAGACCUUGCAACUCUACUACAGCUUCUGCAGGAAGAGAUGGAGCUGAGCACUGACCUUAUCCAGACUUUUCCUGGACAUGAAGCCCUCUGGUGUCACAGGCGUCACAUCUUCUACCUAUGGCAGAGCUGGUGGAGAGGGCAGCAGCUAACCUCAGAGUCUAACGGGGCACAGUGUGAGGAGCUGGUGCCUGGACGCAGGGCUUCAGGGGAGGCUGUGGAGGAGGGACUGCCUCUGCCUCUAGCACAAGACCGUAAGCGCCUGAAGAGGGCCGUCCUGGGCCUGCCCUCUGUGCUCUCUGAGCAGAGCUUUGUGAGUGUGCUCCUCGACAGCUGCUCCUGCCCUGACCAGAGGCGCCUUGCUCUGGCCUACAGGAAGUGGCUGCACACAGUGCUCCAGCUGCAACUUUGA